AUUAAAACAAAUGUGACCAAAAAGUCAAAACUGUGUUUUCAUGAUAAAUAAAAGAAAAUAAUAGCAGCAGCUAGCAUUUUUCUAUGACCCACUAACCUCAAAAUGGGAGCCUAGGGAAAAGAAAAUUGUCACACCUUGUAUAAACGCAAAGGCUUUAAAAAAUUAUAAAUAAAACAACACAUCAGCUUUUUAUGUUUUUAUUUAUUUGAUUUUUUGGCGUUUUGUUUGUUUCUCAUCAAAAGAAUCCUGAGGUAUUCACAAUAUAAUGGCAUUUAUUCUUCUUUGAAAUGAAAUGAGGGAUGUGGGGGGAGGCGAAAUACAGCAAGAAAAAAAGGGCAGUAAAGCUGUGAGACUUGAUAGAUACAUCUUUGUGGUGGGGAAAAAAAGAAAAAAGGGAACUAACAGUCUGUUAGUUCUCUCGUCUUUAUAGUGGAAAAACUACUUAGGUCAAGCUAACAGCCAAACAGAAUAAAUCAAAAAUAUUUUAAAAACUCGGCAUGAACAGGAAAUGGGUGAUAAAAAUAAAAUAAAGAAUUGGACAAUUCCAAAUAUGGCAAAUAUUUGUUUGAUGUUGGGGUACAGAGUAAAUAAAACAAAAUAAAAUGGACGAGUUUAAGCCAGUAAAGCUAAGUGUGCUGGCAGGGUGUUUGUAUUUUGAUACAUUUAGGUACGGUAGGUAAUAUUACUACUAUUAUGAUAUACUUUGACUGCUCGCUUCUCAAGUUAAAAAAAAAAAAAAAAAAAAGAAUACAACUCAAAAGACACACAAUAAUAAAUAUAUAUAAUCAGUGAAGAAAAUACAUCGUUCAAUAUUCUUGCUGCGUCACAGAUAAAUAAAACAAAAAAACCUCUCAAGACACUUAAAAAAUACGGGGGGCAGGUUGCAACGCAAGACACAAACAAUAAAAUUAUAAUCAUAACAAAAACCCAUAACAAGUGCAACAUCAGUAUAACAGCUUUUGGAAAACGAAAGAAAAGCUCUUGUGUUUGAUCGACCACUUCACCUACUACAGCAUCAAAAAAACAAAAGGAAGAAUACAAAAAUAAUCAUAACACAAAAUUGUAAAAAUAACAUGUCAACUCAAAAGUUGUGUUUGUGGAGGAGGGGAGAACAAGAAAACAACAGCACAAAAUUUAUAACCCAUAUUUGGGGCACUGAGUUAUAAAACCAUCAAGAUUUCGGAUCAAUCCACAACAAUGCAUCAUCACAACGCUAUUAAUGUGGAGUUUAAGUAGCGGCUAAAAUCGGGCAGACAUCAUUUGCAGCCAGAGCUACACAUCCACCCGGCUAUCACCUGAAAUUGAACCUCGGAAGUUGAGAAAUUUCUGCGAUGGUUGACUUUCAAGUCGUUACAAAUUCAAAACCAUUUCCCUCUCAUGGGAAAUAAUACCAAGUGAAAUAUCCACUUAGUGACUGUACAGGUAACGUUUGAAGUAGCUAUUUAAUAUCAAUCUCCACCGAAAUAUGAAACAAAACAACAACAAAAAACUACUGAGCAGCGACACCCUUUUCCUAUCUUGCAAAAAGGUAAAUUUCUGGAUAUGUGAUUAUAAUCACACUCUUCAACUUUGGAGGUUCCACUGUGGAUUAACUAUUAGUUCAAUUUGGUGUCAUCUUUGCCCUGAAUAGUAUCCAUAACAACUCAGAAUAAAAUCAUUUGAAAAACAUCAUGAUAAUCUUAAAUUAUAUGAACGGUCAAAUAACAAUGAUCACGAAAACCCCCCCAAAUAAAAUAAUAAUCAUUGUCAUCAUCAUCAUCGCUAAAGACUUUUGGUAAACACAAUACAGCCUAAGUAAAAAUAAAAAAAAUAAAAAGGACAACAGUUUUUUAACAAAUACUGUGUGUGUGUGUGUGUGUGUGUGUGUGUGUGAGAGAGAGAGAGAAGUGCGACUGUGCGCUUGACAUGAGAGCUUAUCAAAAAUAAUUCAACAUUCCUAACUAUAAAAAAGAAAGAAAGAAAGAAAAUCAUGUGCAUCACCACCCCCUAUAGGAGAUGGGGAAAUAUACGGAAGAAAAAAUGAGGUGGUUAUAGCUGUGACAAUGACGUGCACUUGGUAGACUUUGCGGCAGGGGGAGGAACCUUUUUACACUGAUGCAAUGAGUAGACAGAUGUAUAUUUUUACAUAUUAUGGCGGUGAAAUUAAGAGUCUUGUUUGUUUUUUUGUUUUUACAAUUGCAUGAAUGGGCAUAUAACAAUUAUGUGAUCCCCUCCUGAAUUUUAAGUUUCGUCACUUGCUGGGGACAGGUUGGACUGAAUUAAUGGCAGUUUCAUUCAAUUCAAUGGGUAAGGAUGUUUUGAGUUACAAAUGUGGAAUACAGAAAUAUAUCAGACUUGUAUCCCAAGGCACCAAUGUAUAUUUAUUACUUAAUACGCACAUUUUUUUCUUGUUUAGAUGACAUUAACAUUUUGAAAGUCCAUCCUUAACGCUGACUUGUAUGAGUUCUUAUUUUGUUGGUUGUGUGUGUACUAUUCAUCUGUAUGUGAUUUCCUUGUGAAAAAAAAUUGAAAUUCAGCAGGGGAUCAAAUCCUUAUUUCCUAUACUGAAUAUGACCCACGGCCUGUGGGUUCCCCACCCCUGGGUUACAGCAUUGAUGUAACGCCUCCCACCACCCCCGAAAAAAACAAAGCAAAAAAACGAGCAAACAUAAUCCCUCCCACCCUGAUAACAAUCCUUAAAUAUGGAUUCUGCUCAUUAAAAACUUGCUGUGUUGAACUCAAAGGGCGGGAGUCUCUUUACAAUAUACCACUAAUAGCAAGCCGACAUGGUUUUGCAUGACUGCAUAGUGACGAUGAUAUUUGGUUUACUUACAGAUGGGAUUUAAAACACACAUAAAUACAGAGAGGGAGAGAGGCAGCUGCUGGACGCCAAGGCACAGCUCAAGAUACACAAAGCCGUUUGGAAGAGCGUCACGAGAAUGUCAGCAAACUGGACAGACGUCGAAGAUAUGGUGGUUGAACAGUCAGCGCAAGUACCGCAGGAGGUCUGCGAGGCUCUGGCGCCCCAGAGUGGCCAUCCAACAUCAAGCUGCUGCAUGCCAGUAAGCAGGACCACGUUGAACCUCAGUUCUAUUGAGCUGCAGGUCCAGUUUCCCAUCAACCAAGCAGAAAACUUGCACAAAGAAAUUGCCAAAUGUGAGGCAAAAAAAGACAGUGGGGCUUGGGUCAUAGCGCUGAGGACGUUCAUCCAUGCAUGUCAGCCUUACUUCAGCUUCCUGGAAUCCACAGCCAGAACCAAGAUGUUGUGCCCUGAUGACAACCUGUUAGAGUUCUCUCAGCAACUGUGUGAUGUAUUGGAACGUCUGGUGUUGGACUAUGCCAGCCGCAAUCUCAUCACAUUGGACCAGACAGAUCCUGACAAUAUGUCUGACUUCUGCAUCGGCCAAAUAGAGCUGGAGCGACUGAGACUGAGUGUGAGCGUGUUCCGCUACUGUAAGCCCACGCCGUAUGUGACAAGGGCCAACACCGGCGUGUUCAAGCGCAUGCGCUGGAACGUGGAGAGACUUGUUGAAGGGCACAAAAAGUACUACUACCUGUGCUAUGAGGAUACUCCAAAUGUGCAUGCAGAUAGUGACAAAUAUGAUACCACAGUGGUGCGGAUGUGGUCCAUUGGUCAGUGGGUGCAGGUGAAGCCUGACCCAAACACGGAGAGCAUCGUUGACUGGCUGCUUUGCGACAUUCCAGAGGGCGCUUUCGAUAAGCUGCUGCUUCUGGGCAUACACGAGCCGUCCAGCCGCACAGCCACCGACCAAUUUCUAAAGCUGCUCAUGUCCCAGGAGGGCAUCUCACCUUAGCUGGACUUGAGACUCAGUCAGGUUUGA